UUUUGAAACUCCUGAAAUUCCUAAUUUCCUUUAGCUGAAUCUCAAACUCUCUCCUCAUUGUUGCUUUCGGAUUUUCCUCUUUCAUCAAUCUUUGCCUCCUUAAUCGGAGCUUAGAAAUCGGGUUGGGGUUUUGUUCAAUCAAUUCAUCUUGCUUCCAUCGAUUCCCUCUUCUUGGAAUCUCCGAUUCGGCUGUUCUUCCAAGCUUAUUCGUCGUCUCAUCGGAGACACCCUCCGUGUUCAUAUUCACCCAUAUCAACUUAUUCGACCUAAUAUAGAUAGGUCAAUCAACUACGAGUACUGGGAGGAGUGUUGUUGCUAUUGUGUGAAUCCCUUGUUUUCAUCUUUCGCUUUAUCAUUCCCGUUUAUCAGUUUCAUCGUCAUCGUUGAUCGUGUGAAGAAAGAGAUGUUGGGAGCUGGAUUUCAGUUGACGAGAGGGCGACACGGAGAGGACCAUUUUUACAGUUCCGCUAAAGCUCGCAGGGCCAAUCAGCGCAUCGAUCAGCUGCGUAGAGCUCAGAGCGACGUCUCUAAUGGUCGAUCAGCUAAUCCCAAGGAUAAAAUCGUGGGUUCCAUGAACAGUGACUGCGAGAACGAGUCUGCCUCGCGAAAACUCGUUCCUAGCCUUGUUUCUGAGCCGUCCGCUUCGUCGUCGUCUAGUAAUCUGGAACGGUUUCUAGAGUCGGUCACACCAUCCGUGCCGGCCCAGUAUUUAUCUAAGACGUCGCUUCGAGAAAGAAGGGCUGAUGAUGAUAAACUUGUGCCUUACUUUGUGCUUGGAGAUAUUUGGGAGUCAUUUGCAGAAUGGAGCGCCUACGGCACAGGAGUGCCUCUAGUUUUGAAUAACAAGGAUCGUGUUAUCCAAUACUAUGUGCCCUCCCUGUCAGGCAUUCAAAUAUAUGCUGAUACUCUUGCAUUGAGUUCGUCUCUUAAAGCAAGGCGGCCAGGUGAUGGUAGCGACAGCGAUUUCCGGGAUUCAAGUAGCGAUGUCAGCACCGAUAGUGAUUCUGAACGGGUUUCUGCUAGAGUGGACCAUAUCUCAUUGAGUGAUCAACAUCAGGAAGAUUCAUCGAGUGAUGAUGGUGAACCUUUAAGCUCUCAAGGUCGUUUGAUAUUUGAGUAUCUUGAAAGAGACCUUCCGUACAUCCGCGAACCUUUGGCUGAUAAGGUUGCUGACCUUGCUGCUCGGUUUCCCCAGCUGAAGACGCUAAGAAGCUGUGACUUACUUCCUUCAAGCUGGUUUUCUGUGGCAUGGUACCCAAUUUACAGAAUACCCACAGGACCUACGCUUAAGGACCUGGAUGCUUGUUUCUUGACGUAUCAUUCCCUUCACACACCGUUUGGAGGUUCAGGCAGUGCACAACCAAUGAGCCUUGUGCAGUCAAGGGAGAGUGAGAAGAUGCAAUUGCCUGUAUUUGGCCUCGCUUCAUACAAGUUCAGAGGUUCUGUAUGGACAGCCAAUGGUGGCUCUGAGCACGAGCUAGUGGACUCCCUCUUCCAUGCUGCUGACAAGUGGCUGCGUUCAUGUCAUGUCAGCCACCCUGAUUUCCUCUUCUUCUGCCGCCGCUGAUAUGACUUUAAAGUACCAUUUUAAAAGGAAGUUUUUUGGACAAGGAACAACCAAAAGACAUGAAUUUGUGAAAGCACUUUUGAGAGUGGUUCACUAGAGUUUUAACAUUAAACUCAAACAAUGUUGAUGGUUGGUCUCAAACCUACGUUGCUUUUAUCUGUAAGUUAUAGAUAAACGAGUUUAGUUUUUGUCAGGUUAUGUAUGUGAACCCUGGGCUAACCCCUUUUGUUGUAUACGAAUACGUACUAUGAUGUUUGCAAUAGAAACUUUUGGA